CUUACAUGUACAUAUGUACCUACCUAAGGUCUGGGGUAAAUGUAUGGACCUACUUAAGUACCGGAGCAAAACGGACCGGGCAAAGAUCCCCGGCUCUAAUACGUCGGCUGUAGCUCUUUGGCUCUUUCUCAACGUCCAUCUAUCUCUUCUUUCUGAUCAUCAACUAGCACCGCUCAAGGGCUGCAGAUCUCACGCGCGAAUAGGCACUAGCUAGCAUGACUUGACCCAAAAUGGCGCCUACGCAGCCAGAACCGACCUACACGGUUUUCGUUCGACUCCCGUUUCCUAGAGGCGACUUUGUCGAUCCUCCGCCUACGAAUUGGGAUUCGACUAAAGAUGAAGUCCUCUGGAGCAUCGUAUCUCGUCCUUAUAAGACGGAAAUAGACUGGAAUGAUAUCGCAAACCAAUUCGGAGUUACAGUCGACUUCCUCCUCCAGCAAAUUACCUGGCUCAGCAAUCAUCGUACCUCCCAAAUUCAAACCCAGUUGCGUAGGGCUGCUACAGCAUCUAAGGGCUCGGUACCGUCGCCUCAGCCCAGACCCGAUGGCAUGUUCUCCGCAGAACCUAUGCGACGCACCGGGUCCGGUGAUAGGUCGGUUCGAGCACCAUCAGCAUUGUCGAUUAGGAAGGACUCCCCUCUACCGCGUAACGACGGUAGUGUCCCCGGUACGCCAAUGAGGAGCACUCCACGACCGACUGUGACCCGCACGUCUUCAUCUAACACCGCCGUCCAUAUAACUCGCAACCUGGUCAGCAGCGGCAAAGCUCCUGUAAAGUCCAACGUUGAUCCCCAACGCCACCGUCUCUCAUCCCUCCCCAUCGCGACCUCCGUCGAUGACGAUAACGACAAUGAGAACCAGAACACCGAACCGACUUCCCCAGGACCAACCGAGUCCAGCGACUCUGUAACUUCUUCGUCCUCCUCAAGCCCCGCGCAGUCCAGAAUCAUCCGUCGACCCCCGCGGUUUCAAGGCACCGAUGCCGCACCCUCCUCCUUUGCCGAUGACGAAGACGACGACGAAGAUGAUGAUGGCGAACCGGCCUUCCUACCUUACCAGCCACAAGCAGACGGCAGCAGCGGCGCGCAGCAUGACCUCAGCGCCACGCUCCGCGGUAACCCCUCGCGCGACUACGUAAAGCGCCACGCUGCUGCGAAGGGGUCAACCCGUGUCCAUCGCUCGCAAACCUCGGACUCGUCGAACUCCACAGCGCCGUCCGGGCUUAGCAGUAGUCGGACGGGAGCAGGCGGCGGCCCGCUGUCGCCGCGAAAGACGACAGAAACUGUAGGACGUAGCCCUGGGGCGAGGUACUCGAAGAAUAGUGAUAGUGGUACGCCAAGUAUAGGGAGCAGUUUUAGCGAUCUUGAUGAUACUUCAGUAACGCAGUCCGCGAUGGAGGAAGUGAUCGCGAGCCAGAUACAACAUGGCACGAUAAGUAGUCUUAUCAACGCAACCUUCCGGAGCAGGUAUCUCCCUGGUAACUCGAAUCAGUGAGGCGCGUUUAAGUAUGAUUGGGUUUGGUGUCUAGUACUUUCAUUUCUGCGUUGCAUUUUUUGCUUCUGGUAAUUUUCAUGGACGCCUCUUCACUCAGGUGGUCGGUCAGGAACGGGUCGGUUGGGCUAGGUUAGGGCUAAUUUGCCUCGGUUCCUGUGAAAUCAGACACAAGGGCAAGCGGGUAUGUACGGUGUUUAAGGGUUUUAAUCCCGGUCAGGGCAGGUGUUUGGGAAGAUUGGGCUAGAUUGAACUUGACUGGCUUGCGCCUAGGUAUGUGUACGCAUACAAUAUCAUUACGUAUUCGUGUCAGAAGAAUAGGUAUUAUUGCAGUGUUA